GUGUUGCCCAGACGUCAAGAAAUGUAAACAAAAUCCUAUAUAAUCCGUGAUGGUUGGAAGCGAGUCAAUAGUAUUUGUUAGGUAUUGUGAUUUGAGCUAAUCUUUCAGCAUGUCUGAAGGUGAGAAGAUGAGAAGCUCAUGCCAUCUGUUGCUGCUUGUAAUGUUAAUGGAAUGUGGACAUGCAACCAUGAUUGGGGAGGCCUCAGGGGUGUGUGAUCCACCGCAUAUUCCACAUGGCAUGAUUGUACCAAUGCAGCGUAAAUAUGAGGCUGACUUUAGUGUUGACAUUUUGUGUUUAAGUGGUUUUGUAUUACGUGGGGAUCGCCGUUUGUAUUGCACUGGCACUGGAAAGUGGAUGACAGCAUCAGGGUACUCAUUUCCCGAGUGUGAAGCUCUUCUGUGUGAGCCGCCUCCAAAUGUUAUGCAUGGGAAAGUCCACAUUGCCCGUGGAAAUCCUCUGCUAGGCUUAGAACAUGAAAAGUACAAGGACCUUGAAAUGUAUGAAGAGGGGAGUGUUGCUGAAUAUUCUUGUGAUGCUGGGUAUUGGCUGCACCCAACAUCUCAUGCAAGGCAUACGUGUCAUCGUGGUUUGUGGAUUGGUGAACCUCCUCAGUGUGAGAGUCAAGGAUGUGAAGAGCCCAGCCCAGUGAUGAAUGGCUAUUACAUAGAAAUAGCAGGGUCAUCUGAUCAACAGUACCCUCCGGGAGCUCGAUUGCAGUUUGUAUGUCACACCUAUAUCCUAAAGGGACCUGAUAUCUUUUUGUGCAAAGAGGCUGAUGGAUGGAUUCCAAGACGUAAACCAAAGUGUGAACCCUCGCAGCAAUUACUAGAUUCAGAACUGUGUUCAGUACCUCCAGAAGUGCAGUAUACUGUGCAGAAGAUGGUGCGUGGCAUUGUGACGUCAGAAGGAGCCUUUCAUGGAACAACUGUAGAGUAUAGAUGCCGUUCUGGCUACAGAAACACACUGGCUCCUUGCUUGGCUCACUCAUUAACAUGUCACAAAGGUCACUGGCAUGGCACUUCACCUGAAUGUGAGGAAUUCAGCAGUUGUGUGGCUCCACCAGAUAUUGCGCAUGGAUACAUGUAUGAUGGAGCUUCGCCUUACUCUCCGCAGUCUCAAGUUUACUAUGCAUGUGAUCCAGGCUAUCGGCUAAUAGGACCCACAGUAUUGACGUGUGAGGACUCAGGAUGCUGGGCUCCAAGGAUGCCUCCAGUUUGUCAACUAAGUCACCAGUUUGAUGAUGACAUUCGAAAUGAGAAGACAAUCCUGGAUAUGCAUACCAUCCUUGUAGCAACCACUGGCAGUGUAAUUGGUAUUCUACUUAUCGUCCUUGCCUCAUUUAUUCAUAUGGCUCUCCUGAAGGAUAUGUUUUUAGAUAAAGUGGAAAUAAGUAAGGUCAAGUUUGUGAAGUUAUUUCCUCACCAGGAGUAA